AUGAGUGAACUGGACGACCGCUACGAACGCGGACAGGAAACGCGGAGGAUGUUUGGCGGCGGACAGAUCGUCGGCGGGUCGUCUCCGGGAGCGUGGGACAUUGCGCCGGACCUGGAACGGAUACUUGGCGAGGCGCUGUUCGGCACCAUCUGGAAGCGGCCCGCGUUGACGCCGGUGCAGAGGGAGAUGAUCACCCUGUCGUGCCUCAUAGUCAUGAACCGCGAAGUACAGCUGAAACGGCAUCUGGGCAACGCGCUGAACAUAGGACUGACGCCGGAGCAGGUCGUGGAGUUGAUCAUUCACGACACCUGGUACGGUGGAGCGCCGGCGGGCAUCCAGGCGCUGACGCUGUGCAAAGAGGUCUUCGAGGAGCGAGGGAUAGACUUUACUCCGGCCCGCAUCCACGACACCGGCGAAGAUCCCGAAAGUCUGUUCCAGCGGGGCGAUGAGUUCCGGCGCAGCUACAUGGGAGACACUUCAGCGGCGCGGCCGACCCCGCCGACGGAAGCUGAGAGGGAGCUGGGCCGCAUCACCGGCGAAUACUACUGGGGUGCGACCUGGACUCGACCGGGGCUUGAUCUCACCAGCCGCUGUCUCUGCACCAUGACGUGCCUGGCAGCGUUGGGUCGCGAGGGACCCCUGAGGAGCCAUAUUCUGGGCGCGCUUAACAUCGGGUUGACGCAGGACCAGAUCAUCGAAGUGUUCGGCCACAUGACGCUGUACGCCGGGAUACCGUUUGCCCGCGGCGCGAUGGACAUUGCCAACGAUAUAUUCGCCAGCGCGUGA